AUGGCGUCGACAGAUGAUCACCAUGCUGGCCGCCGAGCCCGCGAAGUAUAUCGCUAUUUUGGAAAAGCCUCAAAAGAAGCGCACAGCGCAGGCAACGGAUCCCCUGUACCGAGUCACCCACUAUCGACGCCACAGCGCUCGCCAUCCUCCUCGUCACAAUCAUGCAGCACCUCGACUCCAUCGGCCCUGGAUCGGAUGCCAGAGUCCUUGACCUUGGGCACCUCGAAUUCCACAUUGAACUCCUUUGCACAAUUAGCAGCGCUACGUUUGAAUAUGGAUCGAGUUUUCAUCAGUGUUUCGGAUCGCGACUCCCAAUUUAUCAUUGCGCAAGCCGCCCAAACGAAGAAGGGGGACGGCAAGUACGACUAUCUAGCUGAUGGCAUUUACAAGGGCUGUUCUACCCUCGACGUAAAUUCAUGGACGCCGUGUCAGGAUACAAUCGCUUUAUCGGAAUCCAAUCGAGAGCAAGAAGCAUACAAUUUCAUAAUUUCUAAUGACCUAACGCAAGAUGCGAGAUAUAAAGACCUGGCGUUCGUGAAGGAUAGCCCCAACUUCCGGUUCUAUGCCGGCACGCCUCUCACGACAGAAAGCAACAUCAACGUGGGCUGUUUGUUCGUCCUAGAUACGAAACCCCAUGCCGAGUUCUCCGACGUGGACAAAGAAAUGAUGGGCACGAUGGGCAUGCUCAUCAUGGACUAUCUGAUGGUCAGCCGACAAGCCUCUGAAGGCCGCCGUGCAGCCCGACUCUCCCGUGGUCUGAACCACUUCAUUGAGAACAAGUCGAGCUUUCAAGAUGUGUUCGACGACUCGCCUCAACAGUCGGCCCCAUUGAACACACCUCCGCAGUCGAAAACGAGGGAAAAUCACCUGGUCAACGAGACCCAUUCCUCUCGGCGUUCUCAUUCCCGCGGUAGUGGCUGCUCAAGUUCGGAAUCUGAAAAUAGAGCCCAGUCUCUCUCCUCCAGCUUCGACUCAAGUGUCAAACCUCGAAUCCCGGGGCUGGGGCCAAGGAGAAAGCGCGACCUUGACGAACAAAAAGGAAACGCCUGGACGUUCCAGCGAGCCGCGAAUUUGAUCCGUGAAAGCCUCGAGUUAGAGGGUGAUAGUGGUGUGGCAUUCGUGGAGGCUGGUAACGACCCGGAACUCGAUAAUGAAACUGGAAGCGAUUCCGCGAGCUCGACCAAAUUCAGAAAAUCUGCGUCGAUAUUGAGCAUAUCCACCGGCGAGAACUCGUUCGGUCCUGAGACGGGCUCUCUAUCGCAGUUCCCAGUGUCUAAGAUAGAUGAGGUUUUCGUGCAAGGAUUAUUGAACCGCUAUGCCCAGGGAAAAAUAUGGUCGUUCCACCGAGAUGGACUGUUCUCCAGCUCGGAUAGUGAGGAUACGGUUCGUGAAAGCCGGUCGAGGACGCGCGCUCGCUCUCCGAGAUCAAACAGGCCGCGAAAGUGGAAGACUCUAGAGAACAAGAUGCUCAAUCGUUUGUUCCCAGGAGCCACGCAAGUCAUCUUUGUCCCGUUGUGGAAUGCCGCCAACGCUCGGUGGUUUGGUGGCUGCUUCUGUUGGAAUAAUGUCGAGAAUGUCGUUUUCGACCCCAAAGUUGAGCUGAGCUCAGUUCUGGGCUUUGGAUCUUCAGUCAUGGCUGAAUGUAAUCGGGUGGAGGCACAUAUCUCGAAUCGACAAAAGGAGGAUUUCCUUGGCAGUGUCUCACACGAACUACGAAGUCCGCUUCACGGAGUCCUGGCAGCAGCAGAGCUGCUCCAAGGAACGCAAUUUGAUGAGUUCCAAGGCUCGCUUCUCGAAACAAUCAAUGCUUGUGGUCGGACAUUACUCGAUACGAUGAAUCAAGUCCUGGAUUAUACUAAAUUGCUUUCCUUGGAAAAGGACCUCCGACAUUUGAGGAGAAACAUGACCUCCCAGAUCGAUAUCAAGAACAUCCAACGCUCGGCUGGCCACUUAGACGCAUACACCUCUACCAACCUCUCACUCUUAUCAGAAGAAGUCGUGGACGGAGUAUGCCUGGGCCAUUCCUAUAGCCAACGGUCAGCGGCCUCCCUUGGCGCCGCAAGCGCUCAUCUCACCAAAUCGAAAGCAUCCGACCUCGACAUCCCCGAGCUGCACGUGGAUGUUACGCUUGAUAUCCCGCAGCAUAAUUGGGUCUAUCACAUCCCGCCUGGCGCUUGUCGACGCAUCAUCAUGAAUUUACUCAGCAACGCCGUUAAAUAUACAGAUUCUGGUCGGGUUUUGGUCUCACUGGAAGCGAAAGAAGCCCCGGAGAGUCGCUAUCUUCAUACCGGCAUCCGGGAAGAUUUGAUCACUCUGACCGUCUCAGACACCGGUAGAGGUAUGUCUGCAGACUUCCAGCGGGGACGGCUGUUCGUGCCAUUUUCCCAAGAGAACAGCCUCUCGGAAGGCACGGGCCUGGGUCUCUCCAUUGUUCGAAGCCUUGUAAAAUCAAUGAGCGGUACGAUCAAUGUCGAGAGUCGUCCAGGUGAAGGUACGACCGUCAAGGUGACCAUUCCACUGGCUCGCGAGCAAGAUGACCUCGGGAGCAUUCCAGGUGCCUUGCCAUCGCCUCCACAAGGAGAAUCUGACUCUGCUACCAACGAGAUCAGUCUUCUUCGGGAUACCCACGCCGGCCAAAAGGUUGCUAUAUUAGGCAUUGAGCCUGAUGACGCUCGCAAGCACCCUCUGUGGGGAACUAUCUCCCGCUACGUGACAGACUGGUACGGGCUAGAGUUGGUUUCACCGACAUCUGAUACCAAGAUCGAUGUGAUUCUGGCCGACAAACUACCACUGACGAUAAAAUCCGAUUGGAGCUUCGAGGGCAGGGACCAGCCCGUCCUCGUUGUGAGCAGCAAAUUUGUCGGCCACCAAUCUGUCCGCGCAGAGUGGUCUCCAUUCACCAAACUGGUGAAUGUAAUCAGUCGACCAUGUGGUCCCCACAAGCUUGCCAGAUUCAUACAAAAGUGUCUCGACCGAGACGUUUCGACUUCAGACUCGCAAUCCCCGAGACCCAGCACCAACCCGCCAGCAGUACUUCACGAGCAGUCCUCUUCGGCUGAAGAAUAUACUCCAGGCAACGACAACCCUUCAAUUUCAGACAGCAACCCUCUCACCCCCCCGGACAGCUCAUUGCCUCCCCUCCCCGACAAGGUCGAGCCCCUUCCACCCGCCUCUACUGAAGCCACCGAACCGCCCGAGUCUCGUAAACCGCGCGUGCUAGUGGUUGAAGACAACAAAAUCAAUCUGAAUCUGAUGCUCGCAUUCCUCAAAAAACAAAAACUGGAUACCCUUGACUCUGCCGAAAACGGACAGCUCGCUGUCAAUGCGGUCGACCAACUGAAAGAUAACUAUGACAUCAUUUUCAUGGAUAUCUCCAUGCCUGUGAUGGAUGGCUUCGAAGCUACGCGAAUGAUUCGGAAUCUGGAGAAACAGCGGGGCCCUGACAUUCCCACUUCCAUCAUCAUCGCACUCACCGGGCUUAGUGGCUCGAGUGAUGAACUUGAAGCUCUUGGUGCUGGGAUGGAUCUGUUCCUUACCAAACCGGUGACGAUGAAGAACGUCUCGAAGAUCUUGGACCAGUGGUCUGAGCGGGGGCUGAGGGAUACUUGA